GUAGGGAAUACACAUAAAAGAAAAAGAGAAUGUUAAAAUACUCAGUAUGAAUCAAAGAAACGAGAUGAUGCUUAUAAGAAUAAUAUCUAUCUGUUUCAUUAUUCUCGCCAUCGGCCUUGCUCAUGGAUUACCUCUUCAAAAUUUACCAAACAUUCCGGGCUAUAUUCCUGUGUACAUUAGAUAUGAUGAACAACCUUUAAUAGAAAUAAACCCAAACUUAGCUGAAGCUUUUCAUGAAGAACAGAAUUUUUUUCAGGGACCAUCUGCGAAGUAAUCAUGAAUUUGAAGGAACUGGACUUAUUAUUAGGAACUAAAGAUAAAGGAAAAUUAAAUUAAACUGACAACUUCUAAAAAAUAAAAAAAUGAUUUUAUCUUAUUUUGUAAGAUUAUUAAUUGCUGACCACGGUCGUUUAUAAAUUCAAAAAGUAGUAAUAAAUUUGACACUUUAAAGCCCA